AUGAGGGCAUCAGAAGACCGGGAGGAUGCUGAAUUGCUUCCAGUAGCUCGCCAUCGCUCCUCAUCCGCUGCGUCCCAUUCCUCCUCCGACUCCGGAUUAUCCGUCGAUUCCGUCUUCCUGCAAGAAAACAAAUACAACAUUCCACAGUCAGACCCACUGAACGCCGAGGGAGCGAGAUAUCGUGAUGAGGAGGAUGGCGAGCCGGAGCCAAGUGGUUUGUUUCUUCGUGCAAAGCCGUCGAGCACUCGGUCGCGCCGGUUGAUUUGGGGUCUGGUCGCACUUUGCGUCGGAGGCUGGGUAUUGGCGUUCGUGCUAUUCGUAACGCAGGGGCGCUCGAAUUAUAAAACUGCUUCGAAUAUACCACACACGAACGGACAUGGUCUAUCUCCAGGUGAUCCAAGCUCUGGAAGGCCUAUCACGUUAGAACAUGUGCUCACAGGGGCAUUCUCACCACGAGCUCACGCCAUCUCGUGGAUUGCUGGCCCUGAUGGUGAAGAUGGUCUGCUCAUUGAGAAAGGAGAAAGCGAGGGAGAGGGCUAUCUGCGCAUCAACGAUAUUCACAGUCCCAAUAAUGAGACGAAUAGGGUGCUGAUGAAAGAGCCAACUGUCAAGGUUGGACGGAGGGUUAUUGCGCCAUCUAGCACGAGCCCUAGCCCUGACUUGAAGAAGGUGCUGCUUAUCUCUCACCAAGAGAAGAAUUGGAGACAUUCUUACACUGGAAGGUACUGGAUCUUUGACGUGGAGACCCAGACCGCUGAACCCUUGGAUCCUGACAAUCUUGAUGGCCGGGUACAGCUUGCACUUUGGUCGCCUCAGUCCGACGCGAUCGCCUUUGUUAGGGAAAAUAAUUUGUAUUUGCGGAAACUGUCGUCCAAAAGUGUCGUCCCUAUUACCAAGGAUGGUGGCGAGCAGCUAUUCUACGGUGCUCCUGACUGGGUGUACGAAGAAGAAGUCUUUUCGGGAAACAGCGUGACAUGGUGGUCUGGAGAUGGCUCCAAGAUCGCUUUCAUCCGCACAAACGAAUCAGCCGUCCCGGAAUUUCCUGUCCAGUAUUAUCUAUCCCGCCCGUCAGGGAAGAAGCCCCCUGCUGGAUUGGAGAACUAUCCUGAAGUGAGAGACAUCAAGUACCCGAAAGCCGGCGCGCCAAACCCUAUCGUUAACCUACAGUUUUACGACGUUGAUAAGGACGAGGUGUUCACUGUCGAUAUGCCCGACGAUUUUGAAGAUGACGACAGGCUGAUCAUUGAGGUUGUGUGGGCUACUGGAGGCAAGGUGCUUGUCAGGACAACGAACAGAGAAGGUGACGUCCUCAAGAUCUUCUUGAUUGAUACCAAGUCGAAGACAAGCAAAAUUGUCCGAAUCCAAGAUGUUUCCGAACUUGAUGGCGGAUGGGUUGAGCCCACACAAUCGACCAGAUUCGUCCCUGCCGACCGAAGCAAAGGCCGACGAUAUGACGGGUACAUUGAUACUGUGAUUCACCAAGGAUACGACCAUCUGGCAUACUUUACUCCGCUUGACAACCCGGAGCCUGUUAUGCUUACCUCUGGAGACUGGGAAGUCGUUGACGCACCCACUGCUGUGGAUCUGAGCCGCGGUCUGGUCUACUUUGUCGCCACAAAAGAGUCUCCAAUUGAGCGCCAUUUAUACCGUGUCAAACUCGAUGGGUCUGACCUCCAGUCGUUGACCGAUACUUCCGAACCAGGGUGGUAUGACGUCUCGUUCUCUUCUGGAACCAAGUACGCGCUGCUCAGUUACAGGGGUCCAGAUGUCCCUUGGCAGUCAGUGAUUAGCACUGAAGGAGACAAGGUCGAGAAACUCAGGACAAUCGAGGAUAAUAAGGAACUAUCUCACAGGGUCAAGGAGUUUGCCCUUCCAACUGAAGUCUACCAAAACAUCACUAUCGACGGGUAUACCCUUCAAGUCGUUGAGCGACUGCCGCCUCAUUUCAGCCCGGCGAAGAAGUACCCUGUUCUCUUCUUCUUGUACAACGGCCCAGGAUCCCAGACAGUGAAGCGCCAAUUCGCAAUUGACUUUCAAAGCUAUGUUGCAGCAAACCUAGGUUACAUUGUGGUGACCGUCGACGGCAGAGGAACUGGGUUCAUUGGACGCAAGGCCCGUUGUAUCGUCCGAGGAGAUAUUGGCUAUUAUGAAGCGUACGAUCAGAUCGCCACCGCGAAAGCCUGGGCUGAGAAGCCGUACGUCGACGAGUCUCGGAUGGCAAUCUGGGGCUGGAGUUACGGUGGCUUCAUGACACUCAAGACACUUGAGCAGGACGCCGGCCAGACCUUCCAAUACGGCAUGGCUGUUGCGCCCGUCACCGAUUGGCGGUUCUACGAUUCCGUUUACACCGAACGCUACAUGCACACGCCACAACAUAACCCAACGGGCUACGACAACUCCACCAUAACAGACAUGUCUGCCCUGCAGAACACAGUCCGCUUCUUGGUCAUCCACGGUGCUUCCGAUGACAACGUCCAUCUCCAAAACACCCUUACGCUGAUUGACAAACUGGACCUUGCAAACGUUCAGAACUACGAUGUGCAUUUCUACCCCGACUCCGACCAUAGCAUCUACUUCCAUAAUGCUCAUGCCAUGGUUUAUGAACGCCUGUCGAGCUGGCUCGUCAACGCGUUCAAUGGGGAAUGGCAUCGCAUCGCAAACCCGGUUCCAGAUGAGUCUAUGUGGACGCGUCUCUCCAAGAGGGUCCUUCCUGUUUUCGCGCAUUGA